CGCCCAGCAGGAGGCCGGGGUUUGUUUUGGCAUUAGGCGCGCGUUGUGAUGACGCCACGACGCUGACGCCCGAGGAUGGCGGCAACGGCGGCGGCCGUGGCCGCAGCCCAGGGACGGUCAGCAGAGCCGCCGAGACGCCGAAGAGCCCGCCGCCUGUGCGAGGUAUAGACGGGGCACUGCCUAGAGAGCAGGUCCUGCCAGCCUUGCUGGAGAGGAUGCCCGCAUAUCCGUGAUGGGCUGUGGGACAAGCAAGGUCCUUCCUGAGCCGCCCAAGGAUGUCCAACUGGAUCUGGUCAAGAAAGUGGAGCCCUUCAGUGGCACUAAGAAUGAUGUCUACAAGCACUUCAUCACAGAGGUAGACAGUGUUGGCCCUCUCAAAGCUGGAUUCCCAGCAGCCAGUCAGUAUGCACACCCCUGCCCCAGCGCCCCCACUACUGGCCACACAGAGCCUCCUUCAGAACCACCUCGCAGAGCCAGAGUUGCUAAGUACCGGGCUAAGUUUGACCCACGUGUGACAGCCAAAUAUGACAUCAAAGCCCUGAUUGGCCGAGGCAGCUUCAGUCGAGUGGUACGUGUGGAGCACCGGGCAACCCGGCAGCCAUAUGCCAUCAAGAUGAUUGAGACCAAGUACCGGGAGGGCCGGGAAGUGUGUGAGUCUGAGCUGCGUGUGCUGCGCCGAGUGCGCCAUGCUAAUAUCAUCCAGCUGGUGGAGGUGUUUGAGACACAGGAGCGUGUGUACAUGGUGAUGGAGCUGGCUACUGGAGGUGAGCUCUUUGACCGCAUCAUUGCCAAGGGUUCCUUCACUGAGCGUGACGCCACCAGGGUACUGCAGAUGGUGCUGGAUGGUGUCCGCUAUCUGCAUGCCCUGGGCAUCACACACCGAGACCUCAAGCCUGAGAAUCUGCUCUACUACCACCCAGGCACUGACUCCAAGAUCAUCAUUACUGACUUUGGUCUGGCCAGUGCCCGCAAGAAGGGCGAUGACUGCCUGAUGAAGACCACCUGUGGCACACCUGAGUACAUUGCCCCCGAGGUCCUGGUCCGCAAGCCCUACACCAACUCAGUGGACAUGUGGGCGCUUGGCGUCAUCGCUUACAUCCUCCUGAGUGGCACCAUGCCCUUUGAAGAUGACAACCGCACCCGGCUGUACCGGCAGAUCCUCAGGGGCAAGUACAGUUACUUGGGGGAGCCCUGGCCCAGCGUGUCCAAUCUGGCCAAGGAUUUCAUUGACCGCCUGCUGACCGUGGACCCUGGAGCCCGUAUGACUGCACUGCAGGCCCUGAGGCACCCAUGGGUGGUGAGCAUGGCAGCCUCUUCGUCCAUGAAGAAUCUCCAUCGCUCCAUCUCCCAGAACCUCCUCAAACGCGCUUCCUCACGCUGCCAGAGCACCAAGUCUGCCCAGUCCACACGUUCCAGCCGCUCGACACGCUCCAACAAGUCACGCCGUGUGCGGGAACGGGAGCUACGAGAGCUCAACCUGCGCUACCAGCAGCAGUACAAUGGCUGAGCCACCUGGCUGUGGUACAAAUACGGCAUUGUCCCCACCUGGCCACACAGGUGCACACAGGCCCACCCGUGCCAUCUGGGUCUGCUACCCCUUCUGGAGAUGGGCCUCUGUGGCCAUUGACAGGUGGAGAACAUCUGGCCCCAUCCUUUCUCUGUGCCUUCAGCAGCCUCCUCCUUACCAUGGACCAGGACUUGGGCCUGGUCAGAAUAGCGGUGGCCAGCCGGCUCUGAGCUCUGGACGGGGAGCCUGACCUGGCACUGAUACCCCCUUGGUGGGCAGCUGCUCUGUAUGAGUUGGUGGAAGGGACAGAAUUUGAUCUUCAUUGUUUCUCUGACCCUUAGGCUGUCCCCAGACCAAAGGAGCCUGCAGUGCUGGUGGAGAGUGUCCCAUGUCUCCAGGACCCUUGGGACACUUACUUCUGGAAACUCCCUGUCUUCCCUGCUCCCUACACUCUAUGGCAUCCAGGUUCUCAAAACUAUGCCCCAGUGGAGGGCUCAGGCAGGCACAAAACUGUUGCCUUGACUGGACCGGGGCUCCUGCCAGGAUCUGUUUUCUAUCAGGGUAUCCCUUUUGGCUCCAGGACUUGCCACAACCUCUGGAGGCAGGGCUAUGGCAUGGACCUGAGCCCUUCUGACUGGGUGGCCCCAGGCUCCAGCCUCUGAUUGUGAGAGUGUUCCUGCCUUCUGCCCCUCAGUGCCGCCUUUGCAGAGCCCACCAUUAACCCCUCUCCUCUUGGAUGCCCACUCCAUUCCCCAGGUGCCUCCUUCCCAACUAUGGGGGGUAAAGGAAGCCCCUCCUGCUGCUACCUGGGGGAUGGGGGCACCUGGGCCAAGGUGGAGGGCACAGGUCCCCUAUGAGUCCCACUGUCAGCCCUGGUUCAGUCCUUUAGUUUUGCUGAUAGCCCCUUCUCUUAAGGCACCACCCUUUCCUCUUUGCAGCUGCGCAGAGGUGCCAUCUAGUGUGUGCUUUGGGUAUGGGCAACCUUGCCUCACCCAGUCCUCCCAGAGGGAGUGGGAAGGAAGGAGUUGCUGUUCUAGUGGGAGGACCUGGGGCUGCUCUGCUCUCCCCUCCUGCUGAGUUUCUGCGCACCUCUCCCUGGAACUUAGCCAUACUGUGUGACCUGCCUCUGAACCCUGGGCACCUAGGGACUGGCCUUCUCCCAGCUGGCCUGGCCCUGUCUACCCUACACCCAUUUGUUUUUAUAGCAUAAACCUUCCAAUCUGGGCCCACUCUGAGGCUGGAAGUAACCCCCACGGGAGGUAGGCGGGGUUGGGUUGCUGCUUUUCCAGAGGCCUGAGCCAGAAGUGUCUCCACAUCUGUCCUGUCUCCCCACCACUGCAGACCAAAUGGGAAGCCAAGCCCCUGCCCUCCGCAGCUGCUUUCAUGGGAAGGAGGGGGCCAGGCCCAGCUUUGGCUUUAGCCACACUGCAGGGUUCCUUCCUGCAGGGAAGAUCUGGCUCCCAUUAGCUCCUCCCCAUGGUCAGCCUCGGGCCAAGCCCCCUCUUUCUGCACUCCACCUCCUGGUGGGAAAGCAAACCAAAAAGACCACUCCGUGCCAAGCUGACUGUGCCUUAUACACAACCUCCUUCCGUUCCCAGUCCCUCCUGGGCAGGAAGCCGUGGAUGGCCCAAGUCUCAUGGCCUCAGAAUUCCCCCCCACUCCCCCACCCCCACCCCGCCAGUUCCUUCAGUGUCUGGGGCCUGAAGCCUGGGACUUCUUUCCUCGCUGGCCCAUGGCAGGCCUGGUCCUGCGGGGAGAGCAGAGUAUGUGGAGCUUUGGGCCUUUGAUCCCACCUGGGCUCUCAUGCCAUGGAUUGUGGAUGGAGAAUGUGCAGUUAUUUAUUUUGUGUACUCAGUUUGUAAAUGUAUUCUCUGUAUUCAGUAAACAGGCUGCCUUCCUCAGGGAAGGCUGCCUUUUCAUUCCACA